AAAUAACUAUAAACAUUUGGGUUCACUUCAGUGCCUCGCUAGUAGCAAAAUAAAUCAGUUGGUUUAUAGUAGUGUGACGUUUUUGUUUUCAAUAUCUGUUUGAAACGCCAUAAACCAAUUCAGAGUGCAAUGACGAAUGAAGAGCAGAAAACACUAAUAGCUGUGCCCACUCGAAUUUUUAAAGUCGGUUACAUUCUAAAGUUCGAUCGGACUCUUCAAGAAUGGCAGAAAUGCGCGGAAAUCAAAGAACGAGAAACCUUUGCUUAUAAAGUGGCGGUUUUGGGAAACAGUCUCAUAUUUAUUGCUGGCUGCUACGACAGUCUCGAUGGUGGAAGCGACGUGGUAUAUAGCUACAAUUUGGAAACAAAGGAAUGGUCCAACAUGGCAAGGCUACUGGACACGCGCGAAGGUCUCUGUGUUGCGCAGUUAGAUGAUGUAAUAUAUGCCAUUGGUGGAGUUUCGCAAAGAUAUGAAAAGCUAAAGUCGGUUGAGCGAUACGACCCCUCUAUUGGCAAAUGGGAGGAUGUGCCUCCUAUGCGGACUCCCCGUGUUGGGGCAACUGCAGUUGCCUUGCAUGGUAAAAUCUAUGUAAUAGGAGGCUCUUUUAAGUCGUACCAAAAUUCUAUGGAAUGUUACGAUCCACAAAUAAAUAGGUGGCGACGAUGUGCGGAUAUGGCUGAAACUCGUACAUGGCUUAGUGCGACUGCACAUAAGGGUUACAUAUAUGUUUUGGGUGGUAUGAAUAUUAAGUAUCUUGACACCGUUGAACGUUAUGAUCCCGUAUACGAUAGAUGGGCCAAGAUUUGCCCAUUAAGCGUUGCCAGAAAGAAUAUUUGUACCUUUUCGCUUGAUAAUCGAUUGUGGGCUGUUGGAGGUCAGAAUAAUGGCGAAAGCAAUGUUGUGGAGUUAUAUGACGAAGAAAAUGACAAAUGGAUCGAACAAAAAGCGCUGCCAUUCGGUGGUGUAUAUGAACAUCUUUGGGUACGGACAAAUUUAGCAAAUCAGCUCACGGAUAUUUGACGGUUGUUUCUGUGUUCAUAAAAUGUUAAUAUUAGUUUAAAUUUUUUUAUAAUUAUAAAACUGAAUAUAAUUUAAUAUAUAAAAUACAUCAAAACUCUGAAC